AUGGAGCAAAGUGAAACCUUUUAUCAGCUGACUCUUCUGCAGCCAGGUCUCCAUGUGGCGGUAGAACCUUUGGUUUCCACAAGCAACUACAUGUUCAUGCUCGAUGUUGCUUGUUACCGGACAGACUUUUGUCGGACAGCCAGGGAGGAACAAGUUUUUCUGGCUGGGUGGCAUUCUUUCUACCAAGCCCUGUUUCCCCACUUUGCUUCCAUGCGGGCUGGAUUUACACAACUCUGCGAGUGUAUGGAUAGUGGCUUCAUCAACUUUGACAGCACGCUUACUCACAGAUUUAUUCAUGAAUUAUGGGUACCCUAUCCCAAGAUCCACAAGGAGGACUACUUUCUCAACUCUCCAUUAGCUGUCAACAUGAUUUGGGCAGUCUUUAAGCCAUUUGUUCCCAAAAGGAUCUGGAAUGCUAUGCACCUUGGGCACAAAGUGAGAGGUUUUGAAGGGAGGAGAGUGGACGUUCUUUACAAGCAACCAACUCCAGAGGAUGGGCGACAAAGGAUGUGUAUGAAAGUCUAUGAAUUGAUACAGCUUCGAUUUAGGAAUGAAGCUUCUUUCAGUCUGGACAAGGCUUCCAUCGUGUCAUACUGA